AGUUGAAUGAAUGUUGGAAACGAGUACAAAGACACACAAGAGGGUUUUAGGUAGGGUUUUUGCUCAUGUCAGACAACUCUAAAAACACAGAGCACACACACAAUAAUGAUGAUAAUGAGAUCUUCAAUCACUUCUUCUCCAGUCCCUCCUUUUCUUCUCCGCUCUUUAUUAAACCCCAAAUUUCUCUGCUCACACCCAAAAUUUCUCCAUAAACCUCAAUUUCCCGAGAAUCCCAAUCCGGAGAGAAUCACUUCAGAAUUCGAAUCCGAGUCUGAGUCUGAAUCCGAACCCAUUUCUCAAAACUCAGUUUCAACUCAAACCCAUGUCAUAAACACCCUCCUCACCCACAAGAACAACCCAAGAUCGGCUUUGAAUCACUUCAAACAGGUUGAGAGGAAGCGAGGCUUCGUUAAAAGCGUGGAUGCUUUCUGCGUUUUGCUUCACAUUUUGGUGGGCUUUCCGGAGACUCAUAAACUUGCUAAAAGCUUGCUUGCUGAGUGUGUCUUCGGGGAUUCAGCUCCGGCUCCGGCUGUCUUUGUCGAUCACUUAGCCGAAUGCGCCAACAGGUUUGGUUUCGUGUUGGAUUCGCGGGUUUUUAAUUAUCUGUUGAAUAGUUAUGUUAGAGCUAAUCGAAUUGAAGAUGCUGUGCUUUGUUAUAAUAGAAUGAUUGAGAGUGAUAUAAUUCCUUGGGUACCAUUUAUCAAUAUUCUUUUGGCUGCAUUGGUUAGGAGAAACAUGUUUGGUGAAAUACAUGAAUUGCACAAUAAGAUGGUAUGUAGAGGAAUUAGUGGCGAUUGCUAUACUGUACAUGUGAUGAUGCGUGCGUGCUUGAAGGACGGGAAGCCUGAGAAGGCAGAGGAGUAUUUUAGAGAGGCCAAGGCUAAAGGGAUAGAACUUGAUGCCGAAGUGUAUAGUAUUGUUAUUCAGGCUGUUUGUAAGAAACCCAAUUUGAGUUUGGCUUUUGUGCUAUUGAAGGAGAUGAAAGAAAUGGGAUGGGUUCCUUCGGAGGGUACGUAUACUUGUGUUAUAGGAACUUGUGUGAAGCAUGGGAAUAUGGUAGAGGCAUUGAGGCUUAAGGAUGAGAUGGUUAGUUGUGGGAAGUCAAUGAACUUGGUUGUGGUGAUGAAUUUGAUGAAGGGGUAUUGCGUGCAAGGGAAUUUGGAUAGUGCUUUGGAUUUGUUCAAUAAGAUUGGUGAGGAUGGACUUUCACCGAACAAGGUUACUUACUCAGUUUUGAUUGAAUGGUGCAGUAAGAAUGGGAACAUGGAAAAGGCCUAUGAGCUUUACAUCCAAAUGAAAGAAAAGGGUAUCCAGCCUAGUGUCUUCAAUGUGAAUUCCUUAAUACUUGGGUUCUUGAAAUCUCGGUCACUGGAAAAUGCAUUCAAGCUGUUUGAUGAGGCAGUCGAAUGUGGAAUUGCGAAUGUUUUUACAUAUAAUAAUCUUUUGUCAUGGUUCUCUGAAAAAGGUGAAGUAAAUGAGGCUCAAGGUAUAUGGAAAAAAAUGAUUAGCAAGGGUGUGGAACCUAAUGUAGUGUCUUACAACAACAUGAUACUUGGCCACUGCAGAAAGGGGGAUAUGGAUGUUGCAAAUAGUUUAUUUUUGGAGAUGAUAGAAAAGGGCUUAAAACCUAAUGUGAUAACGUAUUCUGUUUUAAUGGAUGGAUAUUUUAAGAAAGGUGACACUGAAUGUGGCUUUGAUGUGUUUGACCAAAUGGUGGGUGUAAAUAUUGUUCCCACAGACUUCACAUUUAACACUGUUAUCAAUGGUUUGUGCAAAGUUGGCCGCACAUCUGAGGCAAAUGAGAUGUUGAAGAACUUUGUUGAGAGGGGUUUCAUUCCCAUCUGUUUGACUUACAAUAGCAUUAUAGAUGGAUUCGUCAAGGAGGGUGCCAUCAAUUCUGCAUUGUCUGUUUAUAGAGGGAUGUGUGAUAGUGGAAUUUCCCCCAAUGUGGUCACUUACACCAGCUUGAUUAAUGGGUUUUGCAAAAGCAAUAAUAUUGAUCUUGCUCUGAAAAUGCUGAAUGAGAUGAAAAGCAAGGGUCUUGAAUUGGAUGUCAUGGCAUAUUGCGCUCUAAUUGAUGGGUUUUGCAAAAGGCGAGACAUGGAAAGUGCACGUGAACUUUUUUCUGAACUUCGUGAAGUCGGUUUGUCUCCAAAUACAGUUGUGUACAACAGCAUGAUUAGUGGCUUUAGGAAUCUAGAUAACAUGGAAGCAGCCCUUGACUUGCACAAGAAAAUGAUAAAUGAGGGAAUUCUGUGUGAUUUGCAAACGUACACUACAUUGAUUGAUGGAUUGUUAAAAGAUGGGAAAUUACCACUUGCAUCAGAUCUUUACUCAGAGAUGCUUUCCAAGGGUAUUGUGCCAGACAUCAUUACAUAUACUGUUCUAAUAAAUGGCCUAUGUAACAAAGGACAGCUAGAAAAUGCACGCAAGAUUUUGGAAGACAUGGAUGGGAAGAACAUGACUCCUAGUGUUCUAAUUUAUAAUACCUUGAUUGCUGGACACUUCAAGGAUGGGAAUCUGCAAGAAGCUUUUAGACUACAUGAUGAGAUGCUUGACAGAGGUCUUGUACCUGAUGAGAUUACUUAUGAUAUUCUUGUAAAUGGGAAAGCAAAGGCAGUAAAUACUCUUGCUGGAGUCUCGUGAGUGUAAAUAACUGAUUGGAACCUCAACUGGAAUUGUUGGGGCAACUCAGGAAUCUUCAAUUUUAUUUUUCACAGAAAGAAGCCCACUCUUUUGGUCCUGGAAGCUCAACAUGUGCCUUGGGUGCUUCUUCAGCUCCUGCGUUUGGAGGCUCUUCUUCAUCUUAUUCUGGAUCUCUUCUACAUGGGAAACAGUGCUUUCCACCAAAAGUGACUGGUUGCAGGUUUGAAUAUGGGAAUCAGGCUCUCCAAAACAAAGUUGGGGGGAUCUAGACUAUGACUGCAGCAUCUUGGGGGCACUGUUUUGGAUUGUGAGUUUUUGUUGGACAAUAUGGAGGAAGUAGAAUAGCAGCUUACACCGCAACACUCACAGUAAAUAACUUUCUUUGUGCACAACCUGGAAACUUUGUCUAUAUGUCAGCUAUGCCUGUCUACUUGAAGAAAUUCCCAGAAAAGUUAAGAUGGGAGGACUAACAGUUGGGGGGAUAAAGUUGUAUAUAUAAAUGCUUGAAGUUGCCCUUACCAGAAUUAGCUUCACACAUGACAUUCUAACCCAAAAAAAAAAAAAAAAAAAAAAUUGCUAUAAAUUUUUGACAUUAACUAUUAGUUGUGUGGCUUUGAACAGAAAAUGGAAUUGAUUCUUUCAGCCAUGUUUGUGAUUAGUUUGACUUUCGGGUUGCAGUUGCUUGUCCAAUCUGCUUGUGGGAUUUUGUUUGAUGCAUCAACCUACUGCUUCACUCUGGGACUAUAUCUCAUCAGGAAACUACUCUUUGACAACAUCACUAACCACACCAUGUCAUAUAUAUUCGGAGUGUCACCAUGCCCUGCAUCAAGAACCAAUUCACAUCUCCCUGUAACACAUUGAGCUCACAUGCAUUUGGUUCGGUCCCUUACAUCAAUGCUCAUGCUUUGGCUCCUGCAGCACCUCAUGCACCUACUACUGGCCUGAGUUUUGCACCCUUAGCUGGGCAGAUGAAUUCUACCCUUAGAGAGACUGCUUCAUUUGGACAAAUCUUUACCCCAUCCUUCGGUUAAUUGAGCACAUUUAAUGUCAUCAAUUGAAUAUGUAGAUUAUCUGAUUAAUGUACAGAUCUUGUUCACAAGCACAACAUUACUGCAUUAUCCGAGCAGUGUUGGCUUGUUUUGGCCUGACAAAUGUUAGUCCUGAAACUCAAAGAAGCUCUAUUUUUAGAUGUUACAUGUCUUGCAA